AGAAUUACUCCCAAGUUCGUCAUGAUUGAAGACAGUAAGGACAACAAGGACCAUUCCUUAGAAAGGGGAAGAGCAACUCUCAUUUUUUCCUUGAAGAAUGAGGUUGGAGGACUUUUAAAGGCUCUGAAAAUCUUCCAGGAGAAGCAUGUGAACCUGUUACAUAUCGAGUCCCGAAAAUCAAAGAGAAGAAACUCAGAAUUUGAGAUUUUUGUUGAUUGCGAUAUCAACAGAGAACAAUGGAAUGAUAUUUUUCAUCUGCUGAAGUCUCAUUCUAACGUGCUCUCUGUGAAUCCACCAGACAAUUUCACUCUGAAGGAAGAUGGUAUAGAAACUAUUCCUUGGUUUCCAAAGAAGAUUUCUGACCUGGACUUCUGCGCUAAUAGAGUUCUGAUGUAUGGAUCUGAACUAGAUGCAGACCAUCCUGGUUUCAAAGACAAUGUCUACCGUACAAGACGAAAGUAUUUUGCAGAAUUGGCUAUGAACUAUAAACAUGGAGACCCUAUUCCUAAGGUUGAAUUCACUGAAGAAGAAAUUAAGACCUGGGGAACUGUUUAUCGAGAGCUCAACAAACUCUAUCCCACCCAUGCUUGCAGAGAGUAUCUCAAAAACUUACCUUUGCUUUCUAAAUAUUGUGGCUAUCGGGAAGAUAAUAUUCCACAAUUGGAAGAUGUCUCAAACUUUUUAAAAGAGCGCACAGGGUUUACCAUCCGUCCUGUGGCCGGUUACCUAUCUCCGAGAGAUUUCCUAUCAGGGUUAGCUUUUCGAGUUUUCCACUGCACUCAAUACGUGAGACACAGUUCAGAUCCCCUCUACACCCCAGAGCCAGAUACCUGCCAUGAACUCCUAGGUCAUGUUCCCCUCUUGGCUGAACCUAGUUUUGCGCAGUUCUCCCAAGAAAUUGGCCUGGCUUCCCUUGGCGCUUCAGAGGAGGCUGUUCAAAAACUAGCAACGUGCUACUUCUUCACAGUGGAGUUCGGUCUGUGUAAACAAGAUGGGCAGCUGAGAGUCUUUGGUGCUGGCUUGCUUUCUUCCAUCAGCGAGCUCAAACAUGUGCUUUCUGGACAUGCCAAAGUGAAGCCCUUUGAUCCCAAGAUUACCUGCAAACAAGAAUGUCUCAUCACAACUUUUCAGGAUGUCUAUUUUGUAUCUGAAAGCUUUGAUGAUGCAAAGGAGAAGAUGAGAGAAUUUUCUAAAACAAUUAAGCGUACAUUUGGAGUGAAGUACAAUCCAUACACGCAGAGUGUUCAGAUCUUGAAAGACAACAAGAGCAUAAUCAGCACCAUGAACGAGCUGCGGCAUGAUCUCGAUGUUGUCAGUGAUGCCCUUGCUAAGGUCAGCAGGCAGCUGAGUAUGUGA